CUUGUGACUAGUAGCGAUGCACUUGUUCCUAUAGAUGGUAAAGAGACGGCGGCCUUCGAAGAGCGGGGUGCAGUCGUGCCCACUUCGAAGAGCGGGUGCACUCGUGUCACUGACCGAAGACGGAAGGAGAGCGUUUCUGGAAGGAGAUUUCUCUACGUGUUUUGAGGUUGCGGAUAUAGUAACAAGUGCAUCGCUACUACCAAGAACAAGGGCUACUAAGGACCAUUUGCCUUUUUUAGCCACUAGACAAGGACGCCGCACCUUCUUGGCUAGUAGGGAGGCUGAAAGAGCCCUACAGAACAGGUCCUAAAUGUAGCAGCCAAGAAUUUGGGCCGAAGAGAACUGGCUCAAAAAUGUGAUGGCGAGGCAGAUUCGGGAGUGAAUUUCUUCUGCUGACUCUGGCGGCAGCGAGGAAGGUCACUGACACCCAUCGUGUGCUGGCCAGCUCCAGACUGGAUGCAUCGCAGGAUGCUGGGUUGACGCCUGAUGACUGCAAGAAAUUCACUGAGGCUUUCGUGCUGGAGCUUGAUUCUCUUUGUACCUUUGAGAACUUGACGAACGGCUGGGCAGGUUGUGCGUGCGAAUUGCCACGACCGCCACCCAUUAGGCUGGCUGAUGAGGGCACAGAAGCUGAGGAGCCAAAGAACCUUGGGAUGGAAUGCCCCUUUGCCACUUGUGCAGGGCCAACGGCCACCCAGGAGGCCUGCCUUCAGCUCUCCAACUUCGGUUUUAGCAAGGUUGACAUGUUGGAUCUAGGUGCUGAGAGCACCUUUCGCGAGACUCUUGUUUGUAGCUAUCUCAUGGCGCCUGGCGGGUCCUUUUCGAUGCCCCAGAAGGUCGAGUCGUUCCGAAGCGUCCUAAAUUUCCAAAAGAAGGCGCUGGGAUAUGAAUGUGGUGGCAGUGAUGGCCUUCAGCCCAGCCAGACCAUGUCUGACUUCUGUCGACGUGCACUUUACCGUUUGGAGGCUCACUGCAGUGACCAAUGGAGCGGCGUGCUUCCAACGGGCUGUGAGCACAUCUCUCCACCUUUUGGGUUUACAGAUGAAAGCACUUUGAAAGAGCUUUGCCCAGUGGAGUGCACCAAGAUGAGCCAGCUUGAUUUGAGUGCUUUGUUUGGCACGCUGCAAGACCGCGAACGCCAACAUCAGCGCGAGUUGGAAGCGCAACGUCAAAGAGAACUGGAGGCCAAACGGGCUGCCAGGGCGAAGGCGCAGGCCGAAGCCCGAAGGAAAGAAGAGGCCAUGCAAGCGGCUCAAGCCAAAGAAGAAGCUACGCGCAAGGUUAAGGAGGCGCUGAAGAAGGUGAUGGGAGAUAAGGCUGACAGCAAAGCGGCCGAGGCCUUGGCUACUACACCAGGUGCAGCUGCUGCUUUGGCCAAUCCCGAUCUCUCGAAGGCAUUUGCGGCCCAUCCAGAUUUUUUGCCAGCAAUGGCAAAGUCUCCUGGCUUUGCAUCGGCUUUGGCAAAUCCUGAUCUUGCUAAGGCAUUAGGUUCUCAACCUGAUCUGCUGUCGGCUGUGGGCAGCAAGCCUGACAUUGCCAUAGCCAUGGCAAAUACACCUGGCUUCGACACCGCUUUGGCAAAUCCUGAUCUUGCUAAGGCAUUAGGUUCUCAACCUGAUCUGCUGUCGGCUUUGGGCGAGAAGCCUGACGUUGCAAUAGCCUUCGCCAACCCUGACCUUUCGAAGGUGUGGACAUCUCAGCCCGAUCUGUUGGGAGCUCUGGCAAACAUACCUGGCUUUGCAGCUGCUUUGACAAAUCCUGAUCUUUCGAAGGUCUUGGCAUCCCAACCAUUUCUGUUGUCAGCUAUGGCAGAGAAACCUGGUUUUGCCACCGCGCUUGCCAACCCUGAUCUCGGCAAGGUCGCCAUCGCCAACCCGGAUCUCAUCAUGGCCCUCGCUGACGACCCAGAGUUGGCAGCUGCAGUGGCUAAGAACCCUGCAUUGGCCUCCGCCUUGGCAAAGAAUCCUGAAGCCAUCAAGGAAGUCAAAACGAUGGCGGCCAAUCCGGACCUCGCCGCGGCCGUGGAUGGGAACCCAGAGCUGGCAUCAGCUUUGACAGACCCGGAAAAGCUGAAGGAGGUGGCAAAGGCUGCUGCCUCUGGCAAGAGCGUUGCAGAGGCCAUCAACAAAGAUCCGGAGCUUGCAGCAGCAGCUGCCGCUUCCGCAGCUUCCGCACCCGCUGCCUCCGGCGCUUUCGCCCCGGCUGCUGCACCAGCUGCUGGCGCAGCCUCGGGCGCCGCCGCCGCCGGGGCAGCCUCGGGCACCGCAGGUGCUACUUCUGAUGCAGAACCUGCGUCAGUGGCUUUUGCGCCAGCCUUUGCUCUACCGGUUUCUCCGAUGUCCGCGCCAUUCUCGAUCGCACCACGUUUGGAGCCUGCCAAACCUUUGUCCAUUUCCGCAGCUGCGCCUGCACCUGCGGUGGCAGCAUCUCCACUUGCAAGCCCAGUCGACCCGGUUCCCCUGCGCACAGAGAGACCAAGUCACUAUGCAACAGAUGCAGAGACAGAGCGUCUCAAAGCGGAGAUUGGCGACUUGAAGUCAACUGUCAAGAGGCUGGAGAAGUUCCUGACCUCCCAGGGAAUGGAUGCCGCUGGUGAUGCCCACAUGUCUGCUGCGCCGCCUGCAGCUGCGCUGGCGGCGCCACCGGCAGCCGCACCAGUGUUGGCACCAGUGGCAGCACCGCUGGUAGCGCCACUAGCAGGCCUGCACAGCGGCCUGGCAGGCGGCCUGGCGCCGGCAGCUGCACCGGCAGCUGCGCCAGUGGCUGCGCCGGUGGCAGUGCCUCUAGUCCUCGCACCGGCACCCGCUCCAGCACCUCUCUAAGAGGGAUAGUGCUG